CACCUACAUUGGAAGAAUAAAUCUUAAGUUAGAAAUACAAAGGAAUGGAGGAUAUUAGCAACCACUGUUUAGAAACAAUUGUUCCGAGAACAGCCAGAUCGUAAACCAUACUUUCAUUAACAUAUGAAAUCACAUCCUCACCUUCUUCCAUUCGGUCUUAUAAUACUUCACGCUAUCCAUAUCCCUUAGCCCCUUUUAUCGAGACUAUCUUCCAGCCGACAUCCAGAUGGAAACUAUCGACAAUCCAGUAGAACAGGGCAAUAUGCAACCUACGGCAGCCCGCAAUAGCGCCGAUGAUAAACUUAGGACCGAAGCUCCAGAAAUUUCUGGAUCGAGCCCCGUAGAUGAUACAGGCCGGGAUACCCAACAGGAAGAAGGCCCGGGCUCGUCGAGGACUCUUCGCGGCUUUAAGUGGUUUUUGGCAUAUUCCUCCCUUCUUUCUACCGUGCUUUUCUAUGCCCUCGAUAGCACUAUUGUUGCAGAUAUACAACCAUCUAUCAUCGACACACUUGGUGAAACUGAAAAACUGCCGUGGAUUGGAGUAGCAAUCUUUCUCGGAGCGCUAACGGUUCUACCUAUCGGUAGAGCAUACGGUAUCUUCAACGUAAAGUGGAUGUUCCUCUCGUUAGUUAUCAUGUUCGAGCUGGGCAGCGUCAUCUGCGGUGCUGCGCCUACCAUGAAUGCCUUUAUCGUCGGACGAGUUAUCCAAGGAAUCGGUGCAAGCGGAUGUUACUCAGGCGCUAUAACGUAUAUUUCCAUGACUACCACCACACUCGAGCGACCCCUUUACCUCUCCGGCAUCGUUGCUACAUGGUCCCUUGGCAGUGUUGUCGGGCCAGUGAUAGGUGGUGCAUUUGCUCAAAGCAGUGCCACAUGGCGAUGGGCGUUUUAUAUCAAUCUGUUCGUUGCGGCCGUUACUGCGCCGGGCUUGAUUUUAUGUUUGCCCAAUAUCGAUCCCGCUAAGGAUUUGACGUUUAAGGAGAAACUUCGAACGCAGGAUUGGAUAGCUAUGGUCAUAUUCCUGGCUGGCUCCGCCUGCGUCUCUAUGGGUCUUACCUUUGGAGGUACCGUAUACGCCUUUAACAGUGGUCCGGAAAUCGCUCUCUGGACUAUGUCGGGAGUGCUACUUAUCGUCUUUAUCUUAGUCACAGUUUACCAUCCUACAAUACCACUGAAAGACAGAUUGUUUCCUCUUCACUUGAUGAAGAGUAUAGAACUCAACAUUUUGCAAUACGCGCUAUUCGCGGCCGCCGGCACCAUGGUGACAACCCUUUAUUAUACCCCCUUACUAUUCCAAUUCACCAGGAAUGAUGGCGCCUUAACGGCUGGUGUACGUCUUCUCCCUUUUCUUGGCGGUAUGAUCUUCUUCUCGGUUUUGAAUGGUGCUUUGAUGCCUAGGCUUGGGUAUCAUAUGCCUUGGUAUGUUCUGGGUACCGCCCUGAUGCUGGUUGGCUCUUCACUGAUGAUUACUAUUAACGUGUCAACCUCGGAAGCUCAUAUAUACGGUUAUACUGUACUUCUUGGGGGUGGAUGUGGUGCCUAUUUCACGGCAGGGUUCUCCGUGAUCCAAUCCCUUGUCCCUGUUUCUGAACUCAGCAACGCCAUAAGUUUCAUGGCUACCGCGCAGACUUUCGGCCAAAUUAUAGUCCUUAGUUUGGCUGGGUCUGUAUUUCAAAAUGUCGCCGUGAGAUUAAUCAGGCAAACUCUCCCAGAGGUUUCGGCUCAAGACGCUAUACAGUUAACCGCGGGAACUACUAGUCCCAUGUUUGAAGCCCUUAGCCAUGACAACCAGACCCUGGUAAUAGAACAACUAACGCUCGCGAUCCGUGAUGUAUUUAUAGUGCUUGUCGGUACUUCCGGCCUCGGCUUGAUCGCGUCUAUAUUUUUGAGUCGCCGCAAGAUGUAUUAACAGUAUGACUUAAAUACACCAGGGUAGAUAGCCACGAGAUAGGACUGCAUAGACUACAUAUAAUAUAAUGUUAAAACCAUCGGCAUAUAUAUUGUGUAAUUAGUCGUAGCGAUGCAUAGGCAUGAAUAUAGAAUUAGUGGCGUGUCGUUGGUAAUAGACCUCGAAUCAAAUUUUCCGAGCAUCUACCUAAUCCAUCAGUGAACUAAUAUCAGCGUUUUAGUAUAUCAGGUGGCUAUUAUGCCUUUUUAUCUGGACCUUCGCCUUCCGA